UCUACUGCAGCAAAUAGUGCUUGUUGCCUCAAGGUUUUUCGAUGUUGCACAACAUUGUUAAUUUCAAAAUACCAAAUUCGAGGAGUUGUACAACACUUUAAUCGGGCAUUGCGUCAAAAAAAAAACAAUUGGAAAAAAUAAAUGUUUGGCAAAUCAAAGCCCUGAACAAAAAUUAACAGAAAAAUGUUCAAUAAUUGCGACCAGAACACGCACACAGAAUGGGCCUCAGAAAGGUAAUGGACAUAAAUAUAACGUGCUUUUCGGCCAAAUCAAGAGUGCAUUGUUUUAGAGACUUCAGGGAGGAACGCUUUAACGAAUCUCAGGACCAUUUCUACUUUAACUACGUCAACAAACAGAAUACAAGUCUGCAGAAGAACCAAGAAAAUGAUGCAGAGGAAAAGCUGGCCAGCACAUUUCAGGCCAAAGAGAAACCUCGUAUAGAGGAUUCGUCAAGCCCUUAUCCAAUAAUCACCACUCCGAUCUGGAACAGACGCCAUGGUCCCAUGCCACCCACCAUCUCCACGCCCGAAGUCAAUUUCAUGGCCAAGUUUGUGGCCAACAAGAAGGCCGGGGUCGUCAGGGUCGCUGAGAUCUUUGACUCAUUUGCUUGGGGCAGAGAGCUCAAGAAAAGAGGCUUUCAAUCUUCGCUCAAGUUGCCUGCCGGCUUUCGAAGGUACAUCCCGAAACCGAAGGUCAUCGCACCCAUGCUGGAGCCAGAGCUGGAAUAUCUGCAGAUGCUGUUGGAUGAAUAUUGUCCUUUACCAUGUGUAAGCCCUAUCUCAGAGGCCCCUCAAAUGCCUGAAGCAGCUACAGGAAACCCAGAGAUCCCAGAAGCAGUCGCCGGAAACCAAGAAGAACCAGCAGCUGUCCCAGAGAUCCCAGCAGCAGAUCCACAAGAGCCGCCCGGAUCUCUGUUUUGUCGUAUCCCAACGUCUGAGGAACUCAGUCAGAUGGAAAAGGACUUUGAGGCUGGUCUGCUGGAUCCAAACACUUGGCCCUUCAACUGCAGAAUGCCCUGUCCCACAUCCCCUUGCCCAAAAUGGCGCUAUGAUAAUCCACCCACACCACCACCCACACCGAGGACAUCGAAAAGGUCCAGACUGGAGCCAUGCGCACAUGAAAAUGCUCUGGCUGUCAACUUUCUCUUCCAAGAGGAGCAAAAACGAGCCAUGAAACCGAGCCAGAGUGAGAGUCAGAGUCCUUUGCUACAUCGGAUCAUCCCUAAGGUAUCCCGCGGCUUGCGUUCGAUAAAACUUCUUAAGUCGCUCAGAUUCAAAAGCCAGAAAAUUAACGACACUACGGAGAUCGACGAGAUCCUUAACAUGUUCACUCCAACGGAAAAUCCUCGUCCUGUGAAUGACACUUUGCAGCACAAUGACACAGCGCCCGCUGACCAGGAUCCAGAAAUUUCAGAAGAUAUGGAAUACCACAUCGCGGCGUCCGAUAUAGACGUGCCGCUUGAAGUGGAACAAGACAUUUCCCUGCAGGAUUACAUGCCUGGGAAAUCGACAUCACUGGCCCUGCUAAAUGACAUUCCAAGAACAUCCAUUGCCCUGCAGGAUGAGAUCCCACAAAAAUCGCAGCCAUUGAUUUCAGACCUAUGCAUAGAAGUGGCUAUGCCUGAGGACCUUCCGCACCUACAGCAAGAAGAGUCAGUUCCGGUUCCAGUUCCCAAUAAGGAGUACUUGCGCGUGGCAGAGGAGCGGGAACCCAUAUGCAUUGGCAAUGUGCAGCCCAAGCCACAGGAUAAGGCCGAGUGCCAACAAUGGAUCCUUCAGACUAGCCAAAUCCUUACCUCCCAGUACAAGUCCCUUCUCUGGAAAGACCGAAAACCUGUUGAUAUUGAUUUCGAGGAUGAAAUCGAAAAGGAUCAGCAGAAUCAGCGCCUGCCUGGCAUCGGUCAUCCAUCGACCUUGCAAGAAAACGCCUGGCAACGGAGCUACCGCUCGAUGCUGGACGUUUUCGAGGAUAUUUGUGAGGAGACCGCGUGCGAGUAUCGCGACCCGCAGGCCAAAAGAUUGCGCAGCAAAUGGGUCCAGAGAUUUGGUAAGAGCUCGAGUCCAAAUCUGUGCCGCAAGCUGGACACAAAACUGCCGACAGUCCGCUCCCGGCCGUUGCUCAAAGUGAAGAUAAUGGCCAAAAAAAAUAUCAAGAAUUUGGAAACGCUGACCCUGCGGAUCGAGUUGAAGUAUUCGAAAACGUUCUGUACGUUGCACUUGAACCAGCCGAUCCAUCUCAAGUCGGCGGCCAAGAAACUCUCAAGAGUCGAGUACGACAAUGCCAUAAAUGUCCUGCAAAAGUUCGAGAACCACAACCGAAACUCGGAGCACAGUCGGAUAUCGUGGCUCUGGCCGAAUGGCACUGUGACCAUCAUAAACGGCUGUCGCGACGACAAGAAAGAUCUGAUAGAAGUCCAGAAUAAACUCCUGUCUCCCCUACUGCAUGUCUCCCACUUCAAGGCGGAGCCAGCCCACAAUCUGCUGUACCUGCGCAUGCGUUCCAGCGCUCAUUUUGGCUUUCAAAUCAAACUGAAGCUGUUCGCCGAAUGUUUUGUGCUGUCCGCCCAGACGAGUCGCGAUAAUGUCGGAUCGGAGUACGUGUAUUAUGUGAGCAGCGAUUUACCGGGCGUGGUGGCACAGUUGCAUGACCAUGGGAGGGUCUAUGUGUAUGCCAUGUCCAUUGAGGAGGCGGACAAAAUGUUGCUAAAGCUAUAUAUCCUGAUCCACAAUCAAAGCAGGCAUCUGGUAAAGAUGGAGCCCCACUGAACUCUCGUUCUUAACCUUUUUCUAUUCCUUGGAGUGUCAGAAUGGUUUAAAGUCUGAUGCAUUUUGCAAUAAAAUGCGUUAUUAAAUGCUUUUGAAUAUUUA